CCGUCCGCCGGUGGCGGGGCCCGGCCUAGCGUGGGGCGUGCGUCGGCGUCGCGGGCCCCAGAGGGAUUCUGGGUAACGGCCCCGGCCGGCUGGGCGGCUGGCUCGGCGCAGCAGGUCUCCCCCACGCCGAGGCCGUGUGUUGUAGGGUCCGGGCAGCAGCCCGGCAUGGAGCAGCCAUGGCCGCCUCCAGGACCUUGGAGCCUCCCUCGGACCGAGGCUGAGGCUGAGGAAGAGAGUGACUUGGACGUGUCUCCCAGUUCUCCCCGCUGCCCACCGCUGCCGGGCGGCGGCGCCCAGAUGUAUAGCCAUGGAAUUGAAAUGGCUUGCCAAAAGCAGAAAGAGUUUGUGAAGAGCUCUGUGGCAUGCAAAUGGAACCUCGCUGAAGCUCAGCAGAAACUUGGUAGCUUAGCACUGCAUAAUUCUGAGUCCUUGGAUCAGGAACAGGCCAAGGCACAAACAGCAGUAUCAGAACUGAGGCAACGUGAAGAAGAAUGGCGGCAGAAAGAAGAGGCUCUAGUACAAAGAGAGAGAAUGUGUCUAUGGAAUGUGGAUACCAUUAGCAAGGAUGUUUUUAAUAAGAGUUUUAUUAAUCAAGAUAAAGGAAAAGAAACAGAAGAUGAAGAUAAAUCAGAAUCAUUUAUGCAGAAAUAUGAGCAAAAAAUCAGACAUUUUGGUAUGUUGAGUCGAUGGGAUGAUAGUCAGAGAUUUUUAUCUGACCAUCCAUAUCUUGUAUGUGAAGAAACUGCUAAAUAUCUUAUUUUAUGGUGUUUUCAUUUAGAAGCUGAACAGAAAGGGGCUCUAAUGGAACAAAUAGCACAUCAAGCUGUUGUAAUGCAAUUUAUUAUGGAAAUGGCCAAAAACUGUAAUGUGGAUCCAAGAGGGUGUUUUCGUUUAUUUUUCCAGAAAGCCAAAGCAGAGGAAGAAGGUUAUUUUGAAGCAUUCAAAAACGAACUUGAAGCUUUCAAAUCAAGAGUGAGACUUUAUUCUCAAUCACCAAGUUUUCAACCUAUGACAGUUCAGAAUCAUGUUCUCCAUUCUGGUGUUGGAUCUAUAGAGUUAUUAGAAUCCUUACCACAGAAUCCAGAUUAUCUUCAGUAUUCUAUCAAUACAGCUCUCUGCAGUUUAAACUCAGUGGUACAUAAAGAAGAUGAUGAAUCCAAAAUGAUGGACACUGUAUAAUUUGGUUAAGACUGCUGAGGCCAAGUACUAUUUUGUUACAAGAAAGGAAGAACUUGGCUAUUUUCUUGACACUUUUAUGGGUGCUGCACUUUAUUUUUGUUCGGUUUUUGAUGUGAGGGGAAAAGAGUACUGAAAUGUUUUGUAAAAUUUUUUUAUGCGCUGCUAGAUUUUUUUGUUUUGGUUCUUUUUUCUGAAGAGAGGAGUGGUACCAUAUGUUGCAAGAAGUCAAACUGGACUUUGUUUUUUUGCUACUAAAUUUGCCUUUAAUCUUAUUGUUCUUAAUUUUGGAAUCAAAGUAUGAAAAUCUGCACAAAUGCAAUGUUUACAAGAACUGGUUGAUUCUAGGAGGCAUCUGCUACAGUCUCUUUUUACAUGGAUGUAUACAUGCCCUACUCUACAAAAAUGAUUAAAGAUAAAAAUGUCCUUGCAUCCUACUGCUAAUUUAGCUGUCACAUCUGGUGUUUUAUCAUAUUAAAAGCAAUAAAUCAGUAGUUGAUAAUCUACUUUACUAAAUAAGCUUGGUGAUACAAAUUAAAACAGUCUUUCCCUUAUAAUAAUCAUACGGUUGUACUUUGGGCACCAUCAGUUAGAUUCUUGACCCUAAUACCAAAUUUAUAUAGACAAUAAAUUAACCCCUUAAGUAUUCUCAAAACUGUAUUCCUUAGAAGUUGAUUUUACCCUGUUGACUUUUUUAAUAGUAAGGGAUAUAGUGAUUUAAAAAGUGAAAAAGCUAAUAUAGAGGGGGUUUUUUGUUUUGUUUUUUAAUAAAACCAACUUCAAGCUCACUCUUAAUUUCUUUACUUGACAUAGUCUGGGACCUCUCAGGGAGCAAGUUUUAAAAGAAUAUUAAUGGCCUGUAAGAACAAACAGGAAGAAAAAUCUGAUUUUUAAAAUUAGGUUUAUUGUUCAUUUCACUCUGAUGUAGCCAAGGACUUUUUUAAAAGGCAAGAGAAAUCUUGUAGAGCUAACUGCCUCGAGCUGCCAACUAUUUACUUCUACAAAUUUGGUAUUCCUUGUGGAUAAUGAUAGCUUUUACUGCAUUUGUCAUUUCUCUCUCUAGCUCAGUUACCAUAGAAUGCUGCUGAGUUUUACUACUUCCAAUAUAAUUCACUUCAAAUAUGAGAGGAUGUUUGGUGAUUCAUUUUAUUUAGAAUUAGAUGAUAGUGCUAAUUAUGCUAUCAUUAUGUGAGGAUUAAUCUUCUGACUUAUAGGAACAUGAGCUUUGAUUUGUAUUGGGUAUAGUCUUUGGUUCAAUCCCAUUGAGACUAGUAGCAAACAUUUGGAAGAUGACUGAGAUUAGGUAUACAUGCCUCAACUUGUAAAACCAAAUAUUGCUAAGGGACCCAUAUGAUGAUCAGACCUGUAACCAUGGCCUCAUUUGCACCUUGUUUUUACUAACUGGGGUGAUAAGGCACUUAGUACCCAUAGAAAUGGACUGGAAUUAUUGAAUCAUACUUAUGUAACAUCACAAUCUUACCGGUUUUCCAAAUAAAACUCUUUUGUGCUUUUGAUAUAAAGAUAUGCUCUAUAAUAAAAUGUUUGAUUAACUUA